AUGACUUUGUGUAACCAAAGGUUUGCGGUAAUCUUUUCAUUGGCAGAUAAUGCAGUUGUCACCCGUUGCACUGAGCAGGUUUUUUAAGAAAGUCACUCACACCGUUGUGCCAUGCGUGAGGUUGGGGACAAGCUCGAUGACAACUGGUGAACUUGUUUGGCACUGGCAGAAGGUUUUUGAAGCCAAUGGUGUUCCAGAGGCGAGAGAAUCCAGUGAAAUCAUUAUAUCACAUGCAUUGGGAGUUAAGAUGUUUCACAGUCUGCCCCCAUGUUGGGCCCAGCAACCUGUCUCUGCAGAUCAGAUGAAGCGCAUAGAUAUCAUGGGCGAGGAGCGGUUGAAAAGAGUUCCUCUUCAGUAUAUUAUUGAAGAGUGGGAUUUCUUGGACAUGACCCUGCGUAUGAGACCCCCUGUAUUUAUCCCACGACCAGAGACUGAGGAGUUAGUGGGCGUGACACUGUCAGGCUGCAGUGCACUUCAGUCUUCUCCAGAUCCAGUUAUUUUGGAAGUGGGUUGUGGCUCAGGGGCUGUGUCUCUCGCAUUACUCAGGAAGCUGCCGCAGGCACGCGUUAUUGCCGUGGAUAAAACUGAAGCAGCUGUCAGUCUAACUAAAGAAAACGCUGAGAGACUGGGUCUUCAUCAGAGAAUCCGAAUCAUACAGCACGAUAUCUUAACAGAAGCUCCAAACCGACUGCUAGAGUGGGGUUCAGUGGACGUUGUGGUCAGCAACCCUCCUUAUAUUUUCACAUCGGAUAUGUCCCAGCUGGAUCCUGAAAUCAUCAAGUAUGAAGAUCACACUGCGUUGGACGGUGGCUCCGAUGGAAUGGAUGUGAUUAGGGGGAUUCUCCUUCUUGCCCCGGACCUUCUGAAGCAAAAAGGGGAUAUUUUUCUCGAGGGGGAUCCCAGACAUCCAGACAUGGUGCGUCAGUGGCUCCAAAACUGCUCCAGAGAGAAACUUCAACUGAUCAAUGUUGUGCGCGACUUCUGUAACAAUGUUGACCUAUAAAUUUACGUGUUGUUUCUCAGGCCACGAUUCAUUCACUUGCGCAGAUCAUGACUCCUCUGCUGCUUUCUAUCAAGAAUCUUAUGCGCCACCACCCUGAAGACGAGGAUCAGCACUGCUAUAAGUGUACUGUAUAUUUAGUUUAUACAACGUUAUUGUAAAUGGAACACUCUCUAUGACUGUCCGUCCUGGUCCCAGUAAUAGUAGAGUCCAGAAGCACCAAGAUUUUAGUCCUCAGCUCAACAAAUAUAAUACGGAAAACAAACUUGCUUGUUAUGUGGAAAGCAGACUGCAAUGUUAAUAAGCCCCAAUCUGCUGAGCUGUUUCCACCCCUGUGCUGAGCUGUGUUGGAGUUUUUAGAUGCUGUUCACAUUUAAAGAGACAUAAAACCCAAAAAUGUUCUUUCAUGAUUCAGAUAGAGCAUGCCGUUUUAAGCAACUUUCCAAUUUACUUCUAUUAUCAAAUUUGCUUCAUCCUCUUGAUAUUCUUUGUUGAAGGUGCAGGAAUGCACUACUGUGGGCUAGCUGAACACAUCAGGUUAGCCAAUCAUGAGAGGAAUAUAAGUGAAGCCACCAAAUAGUAGCUAGCGCCUAGUAGCACAUUGCUGCUCCUGGGCCUUCCUAGGUAAGCUUUUCAACAAAGGAUACUAAAAGAAUAAACCAAAUUAGAUAAUAGAUGUAAAUUGGAAAUUUGUUUAAAAUUGAAUUCUCUAUCUGAAUCAUGAAAGAAACUUUUUGGGUUUCAUGUCCCUUUAAGCCCUAGUAUUGGCACAUAUUAUAUAUUACCCUCACAUAUUAUAUAUUGGGGGGUUUUUCAGUAGACUCAGCAGAUUCAAACUAUACCAUUAUUUUAUAUAUAUAUCUCAUGAUGUAAUAAUGCAACAUCAAAAUGUAUAAACAAAUGUAAAUUUUUAUUAAAAUUUUAAUAAAAAAGGUUGUAAACAA